GACUCCGAAUCACAAGAAAAAAUGCGUUCUUCAUAAGCCUUUCCAACGAUAAAUCAUUUUAUGAAACCACACCUAAAGCUACCUAUACAUGUUGCACAAAGUCGUUGCUAUGUACACAGCCCCUUGACCAUUGUGCUAUGUACAACGUGUCGGCAAACAUAAGUACGUACAUGUACAAGGUGAAACGCAGUUCAGUUGUUGGUGUUUCUACGAGCGGGCGUCGUGUGCAGAGUUAGAGAGAUGAAGCCUCCGGCAGACGACAGCACCAAACCUGAGGUGGACUUCUCUGAAGCAACAAAAGGGAAACUGACUUGUCUACUGGCCUUUUGUGUGCUUGUUGCCGACUUGGGAUCUUUCCAGUUCGGAUACACAAUCAGUGUUCUCAAUGCACCAGAACAGGAGCUUCAGAAAUUCUAUAAUGAGUCGUUCUUCCACUUGUUCGGUGUCGAACUGGGCAGCGACCACUCGACUCUGCUGUGGUCCUGCACCGUGUCAAUCUACUGUCUCGGGGGGCUGUUCGGCUCGCUUAUGGUCGGACCUCUCACCGGAUCGUUUCUUGGAAGGAAAUGGACCAUGGUGAGCAUCAACCUUCUGUCUGUCACCGGCGCCCUGCUGAUGUGGGGUUCCCGGAUGCAGACGUCAUUCCAAAUGAUCAUCGUGGGGAGGACCAUCAUGGGGGUGCACAAUGGUUGCGCUAUCGGAGUUGUGCCGAUGUACCUGUCGGAGGUGUCCCCGCCCAACCUGCGCGGAGCUAUCGGCGUCACUCAUCAGCUCUUCAUCACCAUCGGCAUCCUGGUCUCCCAGAUCUUCGGUCUGCAGCAGAUACUGGGAAACGAGGAGCGGUGGCCGUAUCUGCUGGGAUUUUACAUCAUCCCUGCUGCCUUCCAGACGCUCUUCAUGAUGUUUCUUCCCGAGAGCCCAAGGUGUCUGCUGAUAGAUAAAGACAACCCAGAAGCUUCUAGAAAAGCACUGAAGAAGAUACACGGGUCUCACGUCAACCUGGACGUCUACAUCCAGGAGAUGAAGAUUGAGCACGAGAACGAGAUGAAAGAACCCAAGAUGAGCCUGCUGGCACUGAUCAAGUCUCGUUCCCUGCGUCCUCAGCUGAUGGUCUGUGUCCUGGUCAUGCUGGGGCAACAGUUUUCCGGAGUAAAUGCGAUCUUCUUCUACUCCACGUCCAUCUUCCUCCAGGCGGGCGUUCCCGCGGAGUACAGCGACUACGCGACCAUCGGUGUGGGCGGGAUCAACGUGCUCAUGACUGUCGUGUCGGUGAUGGUUAUUGACAAGGCAGGGAGGAAGGCCCUCCUUCUGUGGCCGGUCGCCUUCAUGGCUUUCUCGUUCGCCAUUCUGACCGUUACCCUGGGUCUGACGGAGAACCUGUACUGUGAGUGCGGUUGUCAGCAGGGUCGGUGGCCGACUGGUGUGUUAGACUCCGCAGGCUCAUGUAUUCUUCCCAACGUAACAGGUCCGACAGGCAUCCCGAUGACGACAGCUGGCCCGUUCGAGGACCCGUACCAGUGGAUCGCCUAUCUCAGCAUCGUCUUCAUCAUUCUCUUCAUCAUCGCCUUCGCCAUUGGACUUGGCCCGAUUCCGUUCAUCAUCACUGGUGAGAUGUUCCGCCAGGGGGCGCGACCGGCAGCCUACAUGAUCAUCGGCAGCACCAACCUGGUCGCCAACGGCAUCGUGGGAUUGGUCUUCCCCAUAUUACAGGCUCGGAUCGGCGCCUUCACGUUCCUGAUCUUCAUGGCGGUGUGCGUCCUGCUCUGCAUCUUCAUCGCCGUCAAGGUGCCGGAGACCAAGAACAAGACGUUCGAGGACAUCCAGAAGCUGUUCGGGGUUCGGGAAGACACCAGCGGAGAGGCUCCUAACGGCAUACAAAAUGCUGCUUACGUAGGCACUACGUACUUGUAGAUAAAAAAGAAGUGCCUUAUUAUUUGUUGGCCGUUGGCCUUGUGACCCCACGGCUUUAUGCUGAGUAUGACGUUCGAUGGUGAGGUGGUUGGGUGGCAAGAUGUAAUUUGCAUUUGCAUCAGGACUCAGGCCCAUUGUUAUGCUCGUUCUAGUGCGUCCGGCCUGUUCAGUACUCCUGUUUACCUGAUCUUAUUGCAACUUUCGCCUAUAGCAUCAAUUCUUAGUCCAAUAUUGAAGUCACCAGGAAGUGAUUCACGAUGACUGUAUAAUUAGCAAUGUACAUGCAUUUCAAUGUUGAUAAUCAUUAGUAGACCAGCCAAAACUAUUGUAAAAAUUUAAAUAACCAACUUGAAGAUAUAUAUUGUAUUUAAUUUGUCGUUCUAGACAUGAUUGCAUCUUGUAUGAACGAUCCUCGUACGAAUGAUCUACGUUAUUGUAAACAAGCAUCGAAAUUCUGCCAUGUCUGCCACGGCUACCAAUUAUGUUGCUGCUGAUAUACAUAAACCAAAGAUUGGGUGAAUAAACAUAAUAUAUAUAAGAUACAUAGGAAAGCCAAUUACAAUGAUAAUAUUAUGAAGGAAAACUGUUGAAAAAUAUAACUUUGUAUAUGAUCAUUGUGAGACCUGUUCUGUUCAUAAGCAUUGUUGAACUCAGCAUUUCUCAGUGUGUGCAUAUGUGAAUGCUGUGUUGUCGUUUUGUUGUAAAUCAAAACCUGCAGAGGCAUUCCUGUAACAAAAUGUACUUUGAAGAUAUAAGAAUAUACAUAUAGUUACAUAUAUAUCCAAGUCAUGUAUCAUAUGCUACUUUGUGACAAUAACAAAUAAACAGAAAGGCUCUGUUACAGUGCUUUGUAGCAAAGUGGUUUAAUUCAUAUCGUGCUUACAGUUGGUCUGGGUACAUUGCUUGCACACAUAGGUCGUUCCAGGUAUAUUUUCAAACAGUGCUUUCAAAGUAGCUUCAGUAUAUAGAACUACACGUACUUCAAACAUGAGCUUACCAAAAUAUGCAAGGUGACAGCCACAGUCUUAUUUGGGUACAGAACAGAAAAAAUGUCAAGCCACACAAAUUCACACAUAAUAAUACUUUUUUCUAGAGACACAUUUUACACAGCUACAUCACACCAAGUACGGUUUUGAAGCAUAGAUGGUUUCCUGGCUACUAUACGUGUGUAUACACACGUUACCUGUUAAAUAGUACAUGUAUGUUACCGAUAUACAUACUACAUGUACGUAGAUAUCAAAGCGUUUAUGUUUUUUUGUUUUGUUUCUUACAAAAUGGGUACUUUCUACUCUAUCUUUAACUCAGUUGCCCUUCAUAAUACUCACCUUAUUUCCUCAAUCAACCAAUCAUAGUCUUGUCAAAGAUUACCAUACGAGGACCUCAACAAACAUGUUAUAGUACUUCUUUCAUAGUCGUUAACUGACAGCUAGCACCAACAACUGUCACCAGCACAGAAACGUAACAACCAUCUACGUACUAGAUUUCGUAGGAAACCUCCGGAAAUGUUUCUUCUUUUCGUAAUAUGUCCUUAUUAGCAACAUUGGGAUGACAGUUUUCAGCGUAUUACCAACAAUGUUUAACAUCUAUAUACAUGUACUUCUCGACAACGCCUUGACAACUUCUAGAGACACAUAUAAGCUGCACAACUCAGAGUAUCUUACAAUGAUCUCUUCUCUGAUACAAGAUGUCCCUUCUAUAUAUGUAACGGCAGUUUAGAAUUCCAAAGUCGACGUUUCAGCUGACAUAUCACACACUAUACGCUGGUUACACACAUGUAUGUUACAUUUACAAUGAACGGGGAUGACUGGUAAAAAAAUCGUAAGCCAGGUUGUCAUAGCAUUCCAAGUACAUUGUGGGAAUGAUAACACUUCUAAAAUUAUGAAAUCAAAUCUAACCGUUGCGGUACAAGUUAACAACAUUUUUCACAGAGAUACAUAAAGAACUGAUCUAGUCUCAAAUAGAAUUCUAAAACCUUAGCAUGAAAGUUCAUCUGUGUUGGUAUACUUCAUUAUGACAAAAAGGUAAGUCCUAAUUUACUCAGUGUUUAGCCCUUUUUGUCAUAAAGAAUUCUAAAACAAUGGGUUCUAUUGUGUUAUUUUGGCACUCACAUUUGCAAUGAAUUCUUGAAGCACAAUUUACAUAAAAUGCCAUGACAACACCUACAUGUAAGUUUGUGCACUGGCCUUUGACAGUAAUGACAAAAACAAAGGGUACACUAUCAACAUUCAAGUGGUGAAAAUACUUCAAAGAAUCCUUUACAAAAUCAGUAAUAACUACAUAAAAUGUUGAUAUGGUAUGGUAUGGUAACCUAUGCAGAUAUUGGGGUUAAACGUAUCUCUUUCACAUGUACAACUGGACUAUAGCGUUUUCACAUCAGAAAGCAUCAUCAAUACGUAUUACACCUGUUUACAGCAUUUCAUCUACCUGUACCUUAGACCUAUCUUUAAUAACCUGCACUACAUCAUUGUUCACUUCUACAUCAACCAAAUAAUUACAGUAGGACAGUAGAACAUCAAGUAGUAUAGCCAGUAAUCUUUCAGUUUAGCUUCUCUUUGUAUACAAUAUUACAUCGUCAUUAUAUGCAUUGUUUUGUUACUUUUUCAAGCCAUUUCACACACGCAGACAUGGUUCCUUUGGGAAUUGCAUGCUCCAUGAUAUGUGAGGGAUGCAAUGUUUUCACAUGGUUGUCCAGUAGCAGAACAGUAUUGACAGUCACUACGGCAAGUUCCACAAAAUAACUUGGUGUACUGAACACAUGUACUAUCCAUCCAAUGGGAACACAUGUACAACAAAGUGUUAUCUAUCCAAUGGGAACACGUGUACUAUUCAUCCAAUGGGAACACAGCUGUUUUCCAUCCAAUGGGAACACGUGUACUAUCCAUCCAACGGGAACACAGGUGUUAUCCAUCCAAUGAAAACACUCGUAUUAUCCAUCCAAUGAGAACACACGCACUAUCCAUCCAAUGGGCUCACAUUUACUAUCCGUCUGACAAGGGGAACACACAUUACAAACGGGAGAUAUGUUACUAUUAAAUCUAUUUCACAUACAUUCACUAAUUAUAGAUUCUUCACAAUCAUACAGUUUGAAUGCUUCAGAUUAAAAUUUGGUUUGCCCUUGUUCUUCCAGUACGAGUUGCAAAUAAAUAGCAUACAAGAAUCCUGUCAGUCUGAACUACUAUCUGUUGCACAUUUCCACAAAAGAAAGACUGAUGGUAGGAGAUAUGAUUUCAAUAUCUUUCAUUGUCAUUUCUACAGCCCAAAAUGAAAUGGUGAAUCAAGAACCAAUUUUCUACUAAUUUGUUGUCCUGUCGACGUCAAAUCAGUUUAUGCUAGUAAUCCAUUGUAAACUGUCUAAUAGUCAUUAGAACAAUGGAAACCAGUAUGACCUAUAAUUACAGCGAAAUGUUUGAUCAAAGCACCCUGAAGAAAAUCCAUAACAACCUGCUUGUCUCAUCUUGAAAACAGACUGACUUGAACUGCACCUUUUUUGCACCUACCCUCUCCUAUAAGGAAAACAGCCUGAGAAUUCGUACACUUCCAAAGUAUCCAAAUCUCAUUUGCAAUUAAUUCUACCAUUCUGCAGUCUACUGACAGUAUGUGGUUUUCAAAACGUAUCUCUGACGUAACUGCUGUUUCAAAACCUGUUAGAAACCUGUUUAAUAGUUGCAUAUAACUCAUAUCUUUUUUUAACCAUAGAUGCUAAGAAAAAAUAUUGUUUAACAUUACAUUGUAUAAUGUAUUAUAGGCUAAGGUAUUAUAUAAAAUGUAUAU